AUGCGUUCGUUUGUUCCCGCCUCACUCGUGGCUUCGGCUACUCUCUUCUCUGCUGUGCAGGGAAUCACCAUCACCAAGCCCGCUGCCGGCGACACCGUCGAUCCUAGCAAAGGCUUCGACAUCGUUUGGGAGUACGACUCGUCAGACCCCCUCGACUGGGAGAUCGAGCUGGCCAACCCGGUCCCUAACAAGAUCCUGGCCACCGACGUGAAGCCCACCAGCGUCGCCUCAGGCCAAACUGCUCAGUACACAUACCACGUCGAGCCCCAGACCAUCGCCGACGGCACAAACUGGAAGAUUCUACUUGACCCGCGCAACAAAGGCACCCCUGGAACUGGGCUCCCCGAAUCUGGUGCUUUCACCAUCUCCAGCGGCGGCGCUGUGACCACUACUGGUACCACCAGUACUGGUGCUACUACCACUACGCCCUCUGGUACUACUACUGUCCCUAGUACCACCAUCACCACUCCCGGCGCUGGAACCACUACUACUCCCACUACCACUCCCACUACCACCACCUCCGUCACCGGUACUCCCAGCGGAAGCGUUGUACCUCCAGUCUCUGUUUCCACUGGCAAGCUGAGCACCAUCACCUCGGCCAGUGUCAUCUCGUCUACCCUCGUCUCUGGUAGCCUGACGACCGUUGUUCCCCAAUCGACCGUCUUCGAGACGACCGUCGUUCCAGGCGGCGGUGCCACCCCCACAAACCCCGGCUCUGCCGCUACCACAACUGCGUUGCACACAAAUGCUGCUGGCGCUAUCCAGCCUGGUCUGGGCGCGGUCGCUUUGGCAUUGUUGCCUGUUUUCAUGCUCUAA